AUGACGUCCAACAUAACCAGACAACCUGAAGGCUUGUCUGCUUGCCAAAUCCUGUCAAUGACUGAGCAGCCUUACAAAGUAGCUUCAACUAGCCAUGUGUCUCGAGAGCAUGCAUUUUAUGUUGACGGAUCAAAGUUCAGGACCUUUGCGCCUUCAGACCAUAGAAGUUUCAUCUCCAGUUACGAAUUCGAUAGCAGUACCGAGUGCACAUUGAGCGCCUUGCGUUUCGUUCACAACAUGUGUGAAGAAGGCCGGAAGAACACAUUUGCAAGGAUCACGACAAAAAUAAUAACCGGUAUGGACGACGCAGAACAUCAUGAAAGGAGGCACCAAUCAACAGCAAUCCAUCAGGCUGGCAUUGUGUGUUCAAUUCUCCGCAAUUUAAAAUCGACCCGAUUUUUCCCACGUGGCGGCAGAGAUGAUGGAGACUUUUGUGGGCUGGAUUAA